AUGCAGAAGGAUGUCGUCAAGCUCAAAUCACCCAAACUUGACUCAAAGAGAGCCUCUUACAUCACUUGUUUAGAAACUGAUCGGUUGAAGCCCACUCUCCCCACAUCCGACGACGUCAAUGCCUCCGCGCUCUCCGUCGAUCAACAAACUCUGCGUCGAGAGGCUCUCCAAAACCAAAGGACCCUUGUCAUUGGCCUGGUCAAGCAAUGGGGCUUUCAUUCUCAGUCCCUGAAGGAGUCAAAGUCCCUUCCAGUUUGGGAUUUGUCUUUUUACAAAGAUUUCAAUAAGGGGAAUGUGGAUCCUCAAGGUGUUCUCUUACUCAAUGCUGUUCUCACAGUCAGGAAGCAUCAUGCGAAUUCUCAUGCCAAAAAAGGCUGGGAACAAUUUACUGAUGGUAUUAUCAAAGACAAUCUCACAGAAGAUGGAAGAGUUGUGUUUCUGUUGUGGGGAAACAAUGCUCGGGAGAAAUCUAGGAACCAUCGGGUUUUUCGGGACCAAAUGUGGAGUGAAGAGUUUCUAGCUCGUCUAAAGAAGCUGGAAGAAGCAUGGAAAGCUGCUAAAAAUGUUGGUGACAAAUUUCCGGCCAAUACCGUCUACAACAAAAGCAAAGAGCCAAUGAAAUGGAUUCCGGCAGGGGAAUAUUGAGAGAAGCUUCCUGUGGGGGAAUAUUGAGAGAUCAUAAGGGAGAGUUGUGUGGAAUUUUGCAUGGUAUCUGUAUGAUCCGAGAGAGAGGGUAUUAUGACAUUGAAGCCCAAUCAGAUUCUGAGGAGCCUAAUAGGCUGAUCGAGGAGCAUGAUUGCUUUCAGAUCAUUCGAGCUAUAAGGGAACAUUGUGACCACCUUAUGAAAGUGGUGUAUAAGCAUGGGUUAAUUAAUUAAGAC